AUGCAUUCACUUUCGUUGCGGCGUCUUUUGACGUCAGUCCUCUCGUUAUGUUCUUUCAGCUCUGCCCUCCCUAAUCAACGACGCUCCAACCUCACUUCCCAUGUCGAAUCAUACUACAGCGUGGAUGGUGCUACUCAUGCCGAGAAAAGCAAGGCCUUGAAAGCAGAUGGCUAUCGCAUCGUCUCAUUAAGCUCAUACGGCUCGCCGGACAAUGCCAACUACGCGGCUAUCUGGGUGCAAGAAGAAGGUCCAUCAUUUGAAAUUAUCCACGAUGCCGACGAAGCUACAUAUGACGCUUGGCUUGAAACGUGGAAGUCGAGGGGCUAUGUGUCGACUCAAGUCUCUGCCACUGGUCCUGCUGAGAGCGCUGUUUUUGCUGGUGUGAUGGAAAACAUCAAUGUGGCCAACUGGUUUCAGUCAUGCGAGCUAGAGAACCCUUGGGCUUUCUCCAACACGACAGGCAACGUUGACGUGGUAGUAAAAGGCUUCCGAAUGUUUGGAACCUCUGAAGAACGUCGAUAUUGUAUCCUGGGUCACGAGAAUAUUGGGAACGAGCAGACGACAAUUCAGUACAGCACUCCGAGCUUCACUAUCAACUUUGCAUCUACAUUCGAGGCUGAGACGGCGAAGCGCUUCUGGAGACCAUCUAGACUGUUCCUCUCCGAAGACCACAUCAUCACACCAAGCUUUGUCGACACCAGUGUUGGGAAAUGGUCGCACGCUGUCGAUCUGACCAAGACCGAGCUCAAGGAGAAGAUUGAGACUGAGAGAGCCAAGGGCCUUUUCCCUGUUGAUAUUCAAGGUGGCGGAUCUGGCUCCAGCGAACGCUUCACGGUCGUUUUUGUAGAGCGCUUCUCUCCAAAGCCUAGACAGUGGAACGUUCGCGGAGAGAUAACAGGCUUCGAGGACAACAAGGCCGCAGAGAAGGAAGUGGAUGGCAUCAUGCGCCGCUUCAUGGAGAAGAAUGGAGUUCGCCAGGCUCAGUUUGCUGUUGCGCUUCAGGGGAAGACUAUUGCCGAGCGAAGCUAUACUCGGGCAGAGGAUGACCGGGCCAUUGUCGAACCUGAUGACAUCUUUCUUCUGGCCAGUGUGAGCAAGAUGUUUUUGCAUGCAUCUAUCGACUGGCUGGUUUCGCACGACAUGCUCAACUUUUCAACACCAGUCUAUGAUCUUCUUGGCUACAAGCCAGCCGACUCUCGCGCAAACGACAUCACCGUCCAGCAUCUCCUCGAUCACACUGCGGGAUACGACCGGUCCAUGUCAGGAGAUCCCAGUUUUAUGUUUCGCGAGAUUGCGCAGUCUCUUCCAUCAAAGGGAGCCAAGGCUGCCACCCUUCGCGAUGUGAUCGAAUAUGUGGUUGCUAAGCCUCUUGAUUUCACUCCGGGAGAUUAUUCGGCAUAUUCCAACUAUGGGCCCAUGCUUCUGAGCUACGUUGUUACCAACAUUACUGGAGUGCCCUAUCUUGACUUUUUGGAAAAGAACAUUCUCGAUGGUCUCAACGUGAAGCUCUACGAAACGGCGGCGAGCAAGCACACCGAGGACCGCAUCGUUCAGGAGAGCAAGAACACUGGUCAAGAUCCAGUUCACCCACAGUCGGUCAAGCUGGUCCCUGGACCUCAUGGCGGAGAUGGCGCCGUUAAGGAAGAGUGCGCCGGAACGUUUGCCAUGGCUGCAAGUGCCAGCUCCCUUGCCAAGUUCAUUGGCUCACAUGCUGUCUGGGGAACUGGUGGCCGUGUUUCCAGCAACCGUGACGGAUCACUGUCAGGUGCCCGUGCCUAUGUUGAGAGUCGAGGAACCAUCGACUGGGCCCUGACUCUGAACACACGGGAGUACGGUUCCGAGACCGAAUUUGACGAGUUAAGGUGGUACACCCUUCCCGACUUUUUCAGCAAUUUCCCUAUUGCCGGUUGA